AUGGCUACAGCAAGAAGUCCAGUUAAAGUGCCAUGUGAAAAUGAAGACUUACCUGAAAAGGAAAAUGCACCAGAGUUUGACGAGGACACUUUACGAGGUGAGCUAUGUUCAACUUCAGCUUCAGUUAUGGCUUGAACUCUUUCUAUUCCACCAGUUUCAAUAAAGUAAGCAGAUGUGGAGAACAGUAUAUGUACUGUAUGUCACUUUAAGGAUAUUUGACCAGUCAUGACUCUCCACUAUGAUUACAAUAUGCUGUUCAUUGAGAGGAUCUAUGACACAGAAACCUUUGUUAUUUCCUUCUCUAAAAGUUCAAACCAAGUACACAAAGUUAUCAUCAGUAAAAACUUUAUUUGAUCAUCAUUUAAAAUCCAAUUUGUAAAUAACAUCAUCAUCAUCUUUCCAUUAUAAUGCAGCAGUGAAUUUGAAAGCUUCAACAUCGAUCCCUCCCUUCUCCUCCAGCAACAGGCUUAAUUUUUCUUCUUAUUAUCAUCUAAGCCAAAGGGGGGGGGGGGGCCACUUUAAAGGGUAUUUGGCCCGUCAUGACUCUCUUCUAUGAUUAUAAUAUGCUGUCCUUUGUGGGGAUCUUUGACACAGAAAUCUUUGACAUUUGCUUUUCUAAAAGUUCAAAGCAAGUACACAAAAUUAUAAUAAGUAAAGACUUUAUUUGAUUAUCAUAUAACAUCCAUUUUGUAAGUGCCAUCAUCACCAUCAUCAUCUUCCCCCUUAUAAUGCAGCAGUAACUUUGAAAGCUUCAACAUCCCCUCCCUUCUCCUCUAACAACAGGCUUUUGGUCAUCAUCCACGCCAAAGGGGGAGAUUGAACAUUGCCUGACUGACCUUGGGGAAUUUGAACCAGAAGUGUUGAGACUUUCCAUUAGAAUGCACAUACUAUAUAUCAUUGAAUGUGGAGGUGUUUAAGGUAGUUAGUCCACUUUCACUAACAAAUGGCUCUGAAAAGAAAAAAGUGCACAGGGUCUAGGUUUUAAAGCUUUGUCAAUGUGUUGAAAGUCACAGUUGCUAAUUAUUUUACUUUUUUCAUAAAAAUUGGUAGGGGCAUUUGAACACAUAUUUUGCCCAAGGGGAUAGGAAUUUUUGGAAACCGAUCUCCAAAAGUUUAAAUGCCUAGGCUUUUGCUUCAAAUUGAUUGAUGCUUAGUUCUCAUCAUUAAUUAUUACCACUGUUGUCACCCAAAUUAUUAGCAUCAUCAUAAAUAUUUAUCUCAUCUUCUUAAUAUCAUUCUUAUCAUUUAUAUCAUAAUUAUUUGUCUGUAGGGAAUACUGCUUCUGGUUUUUAUGAUUGCAACAUUUGGAUCUUAUUGACUCAUUAACUUAAUCUAAAUGUAAUUAAAGCAGUAGACUCUUUUACUUUAUACCACUCUUUCUGAUUAUCAGGGAGUGGAUCACAGAAACAGAAUGAAACUCUAGGUUUCCCAUAUGGGUCAUCAAACCUUCAAGAUAAAAGAGGUUUGGGUCAAUUCCUCAAAGAAACAUAACAUUUCAACUCCAGAUUUCCCACUUCCAAUUUUAUUAUUAAGGUUAUCUUGGGGUUCUUAUUGUUAUUUUCUUGAUUCCACCAAGGUUGUUUUUAAGUAGAGAUUACACUUUUUUUCUUCUAAAUGAUAACCACAACAGCAACUGAGUCUGAUUGGUUGUCUCUCAACCAAAAAAAGUCUUUCAUGAAUUAACUGAGCGGGGUUUGUCCUGUGAGGGGACAAAUAACAGACAUCAUCAAAGGUUUUCAGGGGAUGAGUCAAGUAAGGCAAGUGCAAAAGUGGCAGCUGGCACAAAAGGAAAAAUCUGCAGAUUUUAAAUCUCCAGAUUUUGGCAGCUCUGCUUAUACUCUAAUUAACUACAACAGGCUUUGACGUAUUAAGUUAUUUUUAUUUUUUCUUUUGCAGCUACAGCUGAUGUUUAUAGGAAUGAGGGUAAUGAGGCCUUCAAGAAAGGAGAUUUCAUCAGUGCUAUUCAUUUUUACAGCAAAGGAAUUAAAAUGAACUGCAAUGAGAAAGAACUGAAGGCCAAACUGUACAACAACAGGGCUAUUGCACAUUUCAAACUUGGUAAGAUGAUGAGAGCUUCAAUAUGCAUUCUUUUUUUCUCUUGUGAUCGAAGCUAAGGGUUGUCGGUAAUAGUUUUCUGAAAAAGUGAUAAUUACGUGUAUGUAUGUAUGUAUGCCCAAAGAGGAAUUAUCUGGAAAAAUAUAUGUGCCUUAUCUUGGCUUCUCAAACAUACAAACAAGCAGCCUAUUGCCCCAGAUAUCAAAAAGCAUCACAAGUUCUUCUAAAAUUAAUAUAAUGGUGGUUGUAUGAUUUGCCAUAUGUACAGCUCAUCAGAGAUAUUUAUUUUAAAAACAGGAAAUCACCAGAAUUCACUAAGGGAUGCAGAAGCAGCCGUUGAGUCAAAUCCAACUUUCCUCAAGGCAAUUGUGAGAGGUUAGAUACAUGUAUGUUAGCUGUGCUAUAAUAAUAUAAAAAAGAACUCAACACUCCAAGGUUAAAUGAAGUUUAAUCUUGUCUCAAUUGACUUUAAUCAAGAGGUCAAGACCACCCUGAUGUACAUUUGAAUCAAGCUCUUGGCUGCUGUGCCAUGACUUUCUAUUAUGAUGAGAAUAUUAUUUUUAGUUGAAUGAAGAACUCAAUGUGAAAUGCAAAGCAAAUUUCAGCAUCAGUAUUUUAGUUCCCUUUUUCGCAAUAAGUGAGGUUAAGUGGUGUUAGAUAUGUUUAGUCACUAUAUCUACAGUAGCUGAAAAGAAGUAAGGACUUAACUUAACUCAAAAUUGUAAGGAAAAUUUUCCUCAUUCAUCAGUUAUAACUCAACUUCAAGUGCUAUUGCAUGUCUUUUAUUCUAUCUCUAUCUCUUACUGAUUUUGUGGGAAUUGUUAGUCCCAAUUUAAAUUUUCUUAGAAGUUCAAUCAUCAAAAGCUAAUCUAACAGAAACCUAAUAGGGCCUGUUUAUUCUUUUCCAUUUGGUAUAUUUUUGUUUUCUGUUUUUUUGGUUCUUCUGGUCUUUGAUGGUUUAGCUUUUAAUGGUUUCUGAUUCUUUUCUUGGAAUUGAAGUACAGUAAUUAUAUGCUUCUUUUUGUUGUUGCCUACAGGAGCCACUGCCUGUGUUGAACUGAAGAGAUUUAAAGAAGGAAUCACUUGGUGUGAUAAGGGAUUAGCUGUAUCCUUUGAAGGAAUCUUUAAUUUUUAACCGUGGGUAUAGUGGAAAUAUCCCAUAAUUUGACGUUUUAAGGGAGAAAAUGCAAAGAAGGGUAUUAAUUACAAUGGGAACUAAUGUCAUCUCAUCCUUAAAGAGUGUGUGAUUAAACUUUGGGAAGAGUUAAUACCUCAUGACUUAUUAGUGAUAUACUCCUCUAAACCAUUACUUAAGAACAAGUCUCUGUAAGAAUCAAACAUCUUGGGAAAUGAAAAUUUUCAACCCCCCGUCAAAUUUUGCAUGCAGUUAGGCACUCAGGGGAGAUGCACAAAAAUGCCCUUGUUAAAGGUUGCAGCACUCUUGUUGCUAUGGUAACAACGACUGCUUGUUCGAGGCCUGGGGCCUGAUUUUCUUACAAAAACGUCGCAAAAAAAGAGUGCACUUCUACCAUGCAUAGUAACAUCAUUCAUCUUCACAUUGAUUCAUUCAAUUUUCCCUGGGAGUGAAUGUGAACACACCAAUAGAUUAUUUAUCUCGGUACAGUUUCGGUCAUUUUUGUCGUCGGGUAAAACAGGGAAAACGUUUAUCUGAAUUUCUCCAAAAGUACACCGAUUCUGGAACUGAAACUACCCACCUAGCUGGUAAUAAUAUUCUAGUUUUUAAAUGUGUAAGAAUCUCUGCGGGCCUGCCUCUACUUUUUGUAGGGGCAAUUCGUUAACGAAACUCAAAAAUCAGAUAUUGCAUAAUUUGGCGAUGUUUACAUCUAAUGUUCUCAACAACAAAUGUUUCAGACAAAUGAAACAUGCGAGGCCUUGAAAGAACGUUAUCUUAUGAGCAAUAUCCCGAAGAGAAAUCUCGCCUCUGGUUAUCAUAUUUUAAAAAAAAUUGAUCAACCUUCAUGGAGGACAACUCGACGUAACUACAAACAUAUACCUCAAAUCGUGUACAUAUCAUCAAGAUUCAGAGCGCUGCACCUUCUUUCAUGGGAAUUUGAACGAUCCGAAGUCCUCUGAAGAUACACUGUUAUACCUGUAUGUCAUUUGAAACAUGUUGAAGUCGGCUGAUCUACACGAAACUAUCCUCACACCGGUCAUUUGUCAUAAACAUGUACGUGAUCACGAUGGCGUGACGCUGUAUUUCUCCGUGAAGUUUCCAUAGGUCGCUCCAAAGAAGACGAGAAAUGGAUAUUUUUCAUAUAUGUCAGCAGUUUUCCACUUUCUGAAGUAAAAAAAUCCAAAAAAAAAAAAGAGAAAAGCGAAGUUGAAAAUUUUCAUUUCCCAAGAUGUAUGAAUCUUACAGAGACUUGUUCUUAAUAGUCAUACUAUGCCACAACUGGUACAUGAGUUUAGUUAAAAGACUAAUAUUCCCCCAGUGUAUGUAUGGUAUGUGGAUAGAUAAUCUCUCUAAAACAAGUCAGAAAAAGAAGCUUGGCAAUGUCUGUACAAUGUAUUAUGUUGAUUUUUUUUUUCUGCUAUUGAGAGACUCAGAAACCUUUGUCGUGUUUUCCUAUGGACAAAUACAACUUUGAAAGACACAUAUCUGUGUUUUAGAGUCAUUUCUUCCAGUUGCUGUAAAACGUUAUAGUCUGAAGUUAAAGAUACAUAAAUUUAAAAAUCAAGAAAGUGCUUCCCAGUUUUUGGAAAUAACAGAUUAUAUUUAGAUUAUUCAUGUUAAAAUUUGAGGUUGUACACAGAAGAAACCUUUUUAUGAUAUGUAGAUCGAUUGACUGAAUGUUGAUCAAACAACUACCUUUCAUGCAAGCCCUCCUAAUAGGCCAUUUUACUGUUGUGUACUUAGUUGCCAAGCCUUUGAUUUGGAGUGAGUGAGCAUAAUUACAAAGUAAUUCGCAUUUGAAAAGCAGCAAUGUUGUAUCAUAACAAGGUCACCCUUAGCCACACUCCUGUUCAAAGGCUUGGGAACCAAGCACAUAACUGGUUUUUUCUACAUUUUUAAACCUUAACAUUGAAAAAAGAUUGACAACAGUCAUAGGAUUUUGUUGUCAUUAAGACUUCAGUCUGUGGAAGGAGUGGGAGAUAAGUCCAUGGAGGAAAAAGAUGACAUUAGUUAUGACCAUGGUGUUCCAAGUUCAGGUGAUGUCCAGAAAGUCAUUGACCUCUAUAGUUGGGGAGCCAAGCAUGGGGAGGGUAACACCUAUGGCAAUCUUGGCAAUGCUUAUCACAGUCUGGGUGAUUUCAAGAAAGCAUUAGAGUACCACAACCUACUUCGUAAAGUAGUCAAAGAAGUAGGAGACAAGCAUGGGGAGGGUAAAGGUUAUGGCAAUCCUGGCAGGGUUUAUCGCAGUCUGGGUGAUUUCAAGAAAGCCAUAGAGUACCACAACCUACAUCUUAAAAUAGCUAAAGAAGUAGGAAACAAGCAUGAGGAGGGUAACGCUUGUCACAAUCUUGGCAUUGCUUAUUACAGACUGGGUGAUUUCAAAAAAGCUAUAGGGUACCACAACCUACAUCUUAAAAUAGCUAAAGAAGUAAGAGACAAGCGUGAGGAGGGUAAAGCUUAUGGCAAUCUUGGCAGUGUUUAUUGCAGUCUGGGUGAUUUCAAAAAAGCCAUUGAGUACCACAACCUACAUCUAAAAAUAGCUAAAGAAGUAGGAGACAAACAUGAGAAGGGUAAUGCUUAUGGCAAUCUUGGCAUUACUUAUCACAGUCUGGGUGAUUUCAAAAAAGCCAUAGAGUACCACAACCUACAUCUUAAAAUAGCUAAAGAAGUAAGAGACAAGCAUGGGAAAGGUAAAGCUAAUGGCAAUCUUGGCAUUGCUUAUGACAGACUAGGUGAUUUCAAGAAAGCCAUAGAGUACCACAACCUACAUCUUAAAAUAGAUAAAAAAAUAGGAGACAAGCAUGGGGAGGGUAAAGCUUAUGGCAAUCUUGGCAAUGCUAAUUAUGGACUGGGUGAUUUCAAAAAAGCCACAGAGUUCUACAACCUACAUCUUGAAAUAGCUAAAGAAAUAGGAGACAAGCAUGGGGAGGGUAAAGCCUAUGGAACUCUUGGCAGUGCUUAUCACAGUCUGGGUGACUUCAAAAAAGCCAUAGAGUACCACAACCUACAUUUUAAAAUAGCUAAAGAAGUAGGAAACAAGCAUGGGGAGAGUAAUGCUUAUGGCAAUCUUGGCAUUGCUUAUCACAGUCUGGGUGAUUUCAAAAAAGCCAUAGAAUUCUACAACCUACAUCUUGAAAUAGCUAAAGAAAUAGGAGACAAGCAUGGGGAGGGUAAAACUUAUGGAAAUCUUGGCAUUGCUUAUGACAGACUGUGUGAGUUUAAAAUAGCCAUAGAGUGCCACAACCUAGAUCUUAAAAUAGCUAUAGAAGUAGGAGACAAGCAUCGAGGGGGUAGUGCUUAUGGCAAUCUUGGCAUUGCUUAUUACAAUCUGGGUGAUAUCAAAAAAGCCAUAGAGUACCACAACCUACAUCUUAAAACAGUUAAAGAAGUAGGAAACAAGCAUGGGGAGAGUACCGCUUAUUGCAAUCUAGGCAAUGCUAAUUACAGACUGGGUGAUUUCAAAAAAGCCAUAGAGUACCACAGCCUACACCUCAAAAUGGAUAAAAAAGUAGGAGACAAGCAUGGGGAGGGUAAAGCUUAUUGCAAUCUUGGCAAUGUCUAUCACAGUCUGGGUGAUUUCAAGAAAGCCAUAGAGUAUCACAACCUACAUCUUGAAAUAGCUAAAGAAAUAGGAAACAAGCAUGGAGAGGGUAACGCUUCUGGCAAUCUCGGCAUUGCUUAUGACAGUCUGGGUGAUUUCAAAAAAGCCAUAGAGUACCACAACCUAAAUCUUCAAAUAGCUAAAGAAGUAAGAGACAAGCAUGGGGAGGGUAAAGCUUUCGGCAAUCUUGGCAUUGCUUAUGACAAACUGGGUGAUUUCAAAAAAGCCAUAGAGUACCACAACCUACAUCUUAAAAUAGCUAAAGAAGUAGGAGACAAGCAUGGGGAGGGUAAAGCUUAUUGCAAUCUUGGCAUUGCUUAUCACAGUCUGGGUGAUUUCAAGAAAGCCAUAGAGUAUUACAACCUAGAUCUUAAAAUAGCUAAAGAAGUAGGAGACAAGCAUGGGGAGGGUAAAAGUUAUGGAAAUCUUGGCAUUGCUUAUGACAGACUGGGUGAGUUCAAAAAAGCCAUAAAGUGCCACAACCUAGAUCUUAAAAUAGCUAUAGAAGUAGGAGACAAGCAUGGAGAGGGUGGUGCUUAUGGCAAUGUUGGCAAUGUGUAUCGAACUCAGGGAGAUUUGAUCAAGGCCAACAAGUCAUUCAAGCUAAUGCUCAAAAUUGCCAAAGAGGUCGAAGACAAAUCCUUGGAGGCAAUGGCCCACUGUUCAUUAGGACCCGUUUUUGAGUUGCAGGGUCGACUGCCAAAAGCUGUUGAAUCUUACCGAGCUAGCAUAACCUUAUUUAACUCCUUGAGAAUACUUCUAAAAUCUAAAGAUGAAUGGAAAGUUAAUUUUCGAAAUCAGUAUCAAAUGGCGUAUACGGGUUUGUGGAGAGUUCUCGUAAAACAAGGUAAUAUAGAUGAAGCCUUACUUGCCGCUGAUAAAGGACGAGCCCAAGCUCUCACCGACCUUAUGGAAUCCCGUUUUUGUGGUGGAACAAGUCAGUGCAAGGGAAGCGAUGAAGAUUUAGCAGUUUUAAAAAACGUUCCAUCAAACACUGUCUUUCAGGCAAUGGACAGAGCUGACGUCAAUCUUUGGGUUGUGUCCGAAGGAAAACAAGUUCAGUUAAGACAAAGUAAACUCAAUGGUUCUGUUUCAGAGAACAGUGGGGCUAGUCAGUCCUUUGAGUCGUUCAUGCUCGGUGUCUAUACACAACUUGGUGUUCGUUCUAAUGUGAGAUGUGAGAACCGAUCUUUGGAUGCUUUGAGCGAGGACCGUUCAAAAGUGGAUCAGGAAACGAAAGAAGACAACCCUCAAGCUUCCAUCCAACAAAACAAAUGCUUGAGCACUUUGUAUAAUACCGUUAUGAAGCCGGUGGCUGACUUGGUUCAAGGGGAUGAGCUACUCAUUAUUCCCGAUGGACCCCUGUGGCUCGCUCCUUACGCUGCAUUGAAGGAUGGUAAUUCUAAAUACCUGUGUGAAUCGUUCAGAAUCCGUCUCGCUCCAUCGUUAACUAGUCUUAGACUCAUUGCCGAUUGCCCAGAUGACUAUCACAAAAGCAGUGGUGCGUUACUUGUAGGAGAUCCGUGGGUAGCCGAGGUUACCAACAGCCAGGGAGAGAAACUCCUCGAGCAGCUUCCUUGUGCUAAAGAAGAGGUAGAAAUGAUCGGCAAAAUUCUGAAUGUCACGUCAAUCACUGGCAGAGAAGCCACGAAACGUGAGGUGUUGAAAAGACUCAGUUCCGUUUCCUUAGUUCACUUUGCGGCACACGGAUGUAUGGAAACAGGCGAAAUUGCUCUUACACCUGACCCAGACCGAAUAUCUACUGUGCCAACGGAAGAGGAUUACAUUUUAACAAUUGGAGAUGUGAUGAAUGUUCAACUUCGCGCCAAACUAGUUGUACUUAGUUGCUGCUACAGUGGUCGGGGCGAGAUCAAGGCUGAAGGUGUGGUUGGCAUUGCGCGCGCUUUUAUGGGGGCUGGUGCUCGGUCUGUUGUGGUUUCCCUGUGGGCGGUUGAAGACAAAGUUACUCUUGAGUUCAUGAAAUGCUUUUAUCAACACCUUGCAGAAGGUAAACCUGCAAGCGAGUCACUGAACCUGGCUAUGAAAAACCUCAGAGAAUCAGACGAGUUCCGCGAUAUCAAAUACUGGGCGCCCUUUUUACUGAUUGGAGAUGACGUUAGUCUUGAUUUCAUGGCAUAG